AUGGGCACACGCUGCAACAUACCAUGCCACAACCCUGGGACACAGUGUACGGUGUGUGAAGGUGGAUGUGAUGGAGGAUACUGCUGGCUGAGUUCGACAUCCUGUGUUUCUGGAUGUGUCGACUCCUACUAUGGCCUUGACUGCAAGAAUUGCUCUGAGAGAUGUAAGUCAUGUAACAGGUCUACAGGGAUGUGUAACGAUUGUCAUGAUCCAUACCAGGGUCUGAACUGUGAGAUGUCAUGUGAGAACUGUGCAGGAUCUUGUGUGUCUGGAUGUGGCGGAGGCUGUAAACCUGGCUUCUAUGGUCAUUGGUGUGAUAAGGUGUGCAGUGGCAACUGUCGUCCUGGGCCCAACAAAACUUCUGACUUGGAGUGUGACCAAAAUGCAUCCAUCAACUGCAUCCCCGAAUGUGACAACAACACUGGAGACUGUAUCCACGGUUGUAAUGAUGGAUGGUAUGGUGGAAACUGCUCCUCUCGAUGUAACCGGAAGUGUGCAGAUAUGUCCUGCAUUGUGUCAGGGUCGUGUGCAGCUGGCUGUGCUCCAGGGUAUGCUGGGACUGACUGCUCCUGUCUUGAGAAAUGCUUCGAAAAUGUUUGCUAUGGAAACGAAACCUGUGCCAAAGGUUGCAUUAUCGGUUAUUACGCUGCAUUUUGUAACAUCUCCUGUGAAGUUUGUCUUGACGGGAUAUGUAAUCAGACAUAUGGAACUUGCGUCAGAGGAUGUAAUAUUAUUGACCAAGGAUGUACACCUAACUGUACUAAAGACUGCCCUUUGGAGGUCUGCCUUAAAGUCGUAACAUGUUCAGCAGGUGAUCAGCCGAAGCUUGAUAUCAAGUAUAUCACAAUAGGCCUGUCAGCAGUGAUUCUUGUUACUGGCAUCCUGUGUGCAUUUUGGUUUGUAAAAUACUGGUCAAAGAGAAGGAACGAUGAAGCAGACACCUACAUAGUAGAGUAUCAGCCUCCAUCAAACAGAUAUUACGAAAUUCGAGAUGAAGAUGUGGACCAAGAAUGUGAUUCCUCUGAUGUUACUCCUCCGUUGGCGGAACAGCUGCAGGUAGCUCUCGGCAGUGAAGUUUCUUCAGGUGGCUCUUCUGAAUUAGUGAAGGACAACGGCGUCGGCGAUCAACCAACGUAUGUCAAAUAUAUAACACCAGCUGUGCAGAUGAAUGUCCAGUGAAACAUAAUUGUGAAUGCAACCUUCCUCACUACCACUUUCGAGGUGUGAAAGAUAGCCCGUAGGCUACACUGUGCUUUUUGGAUCUUAUCUGCUUCAAAGGUGUCCACACACAUAGAGACAUUAUCACUGAUCUAACCGAUGUUCACAUCGGUACCUUUGCAAGUAGUCAUGAUACUGGGAUCACUGUUACAUUUACUCAAACAUCUGCUUUGACCAGUAUUUGGCUGCGUUACACGAACAUAUGUUUGUGCGAUUGUUAAAGGGGGUUUGUUGAUUAUAGUUUGCGCCAUCCAGAAACCUACCAAAUACUUGAUGGACUCAGAAGUGAACUUGCCCCUUACUUAUUUUUCUCUCCUUGUAAAUAGUUGAUGCGUUCUCGGUCUUAGUGAAUGAAGUAAGCUCAUGGUAAGGUUUUGUAAAGUAUUUACAAUGUCGGUUUGUUCCUUUUAUGAGACUAGUCCAUUGUCUUUUUAUGUUUAUGCUUUGGAUUGUUCAGCUGAGUUUUGUUCUUUGGCCUGUAUAUUUGCUGUAAUUCACUGUCUCAUGAGUUCUCUCACACAUGUAAAUGCAGUAUCCCUGACUUUGACAUUUAUUGUUUGGGGUAAAUAUCAGAUUAUCAACGUCUGGAAUAACUGUGAAUAGAACCAAUUCCCUGAAUUCAUUUCGAAAUGCAUUUUUGUAUACUUUGUGCCAAUAAAGUGUUGUUCUUUUCAUAUCAAAGUUAAAAUUAUCACGGUUUCCUGUGCCCCUUCAACGUAAUGCCCUGAUACAGACAUAGAGCCAAAGCGUAGCACUGAUAUCCAUUGG